AUGCCUCCAGAAACGCGCACGUUAUCAUCAAAAGCAGCUCGGAUGCAGAAUGAAUGCAAAAUAUCAAUCAAGGACGUGGUAGACCGGCGUUUGGAGUCGGGAGAUAUCUCGAGCUACAAUUCGUCGGUUAAAAUAAAUCCCCAAUCCUGGGGCAGAAAAUCAAAUUUGGGAAAAGCUCAGCUUCAAAUGGAAGGGCACGAUAAAGUUUUUGAGGUGUCCAGACACCGGGUAAAAAGAUGUGCAAUGAUCGACAUAGGGAUUCAGUCUCGAAAACCGGGACGCAAUAUGCAUCUCCAUAUUACAGCAGAAGCGAAAGAAGCACCGUCUUUUCAGUUGACAAUAACGACGGGACUGAAGCGGUGGAGGAGAUGGGAGAUGGACGGUCGUCGGGCGAGGGCGGUGAUGGGUGUCGUCGGCGCCAAGAGAUCGGCAAGCCCAUGCACGGACCACUUUGCGGCUAGUGAAGUUUCUUGGAAACGACACCUUUCCCGGUUGGGCGCACUAAGGGGAACUUCCAACUUCAUCUGUCAAGAGCACAUCCCUUUCACCUGUCUUUGUCCGGUUGAUUGA